AUGCGUAACGUAUUCGCCAAGCUACCAAAUGAGAUUCUAAACCUCAUACUCAACCACCUCGACCAAAAACAUGAUUGGCUGAUGCUGACACUGUCCUGCCGCCUCCUCUAUACCCGAAUUAACCCCAAACUCUACGAAUUUAUCGAAACGCCCUGCUACUGCGUCGGCAUCCACAAAACCCUAGUCUACACUUUCCUCGGUCACCCAGAACUAUCAAGCUCAGUCCGCGGCCUGAAAAUCGGACGACUGCCUUACGGAGCAAACCCAAAAGCGUACUCCAAUCAUCAACACGAUCACCAUGAUAGACUAAACUCCAAACAAGGACUCUUUCAAGUCUUCGGAAUCCACGGUCCAAAGACCUGGAAGCGCAGGCUUAACGACGUCAUUGAGAUCCUAGCAGACAGGAACUGGGAACGAACGCAAUGGAUGGAAGACCUCCAAAGCGGUACCCAUCGCGACCCCUGGCUCGCCAUAUUGCUCUACCUCCUACCCAACCUCGAAACUAUCGAACUCUUCUGGGGCGGCACCGGCACACGAUAUUCCUCAUGGGUACUCUCCCGAAUACCCCAGCGAUACGCACCAUUCGACCACCGCGCCCACUGGGCAAAUCUCCAUGCGGCAAUAAUCAAAAUCCCCGAAGACGAAGGCGCAGACACCAAUAUCCACCGUAUAAUGCCGUUCUUUGUCAUCCCCAGUAUGCGCACCUUCAGGGGCCAAUUAUUAACAGACAAGUACCUGGAACCAACCCUCAACAUCAAAACGUCACCAAUCACCCACCUCGAAUUCAUCCAGUGUAGCAGUGUCCUAGGAUUUAGCUACUUGAUCAAACUGUGUCCCAACCUACAAUCAUUCAAAUACACACAACAAGAAGACGAUUGUAUCCACCGAUCACCGGGGUACAACAACAUCUACUUCGACACGCUCCGCCCAACCGCCUUCAAAGACAUCCUCUCCACAAAAAGACACACUCUGCAAUCCGUCACCAUAGACGUUUCCCGCCGCUGCUCGGAUUACGGCGGUUUCUACUCUGACGAUUGGAUCGGGUGUAUGGCUGAUUUUAGCGAGUUGGGGGUUGCGUUGGUGGAGUUUCUUCCGGCGUCGAUUGAGGAGCUUUGGAUUUCGGGGAUUGGGAAACGGGCUAUGGGGACUGUGAUGCGGGAGUUGGUGGGGCUGGUCUCCGUAUCGAGGGAGCGAUUUGUGGGGUUGAGGAAGAUUGAUGUUGAGGGGAGGAAAUGGUUGGAGGAGAAGAUGGAGGGGGAGGAGCAGACAUGGAGGAAAAUGUAUCCGGAUUAUGGGGUGUUGCUGCAGGAGGAUGUUUUGGUGGCGACGGAGGAGGUGAGGCGGGUCUGUUUGGAGACAGGGGUUGAGUUUCAUGUUAGAGAUACGAGUGUUGAGGCGACGUUUGAGGAGUAUGAUGAUGUUUUUUUGUUUGCGAGGGAUGAGGAGGAGGAUGAUUAG